AUGAAGCCAGUAGUGGAUUUAUUUUCUCCAACAACAAACCAGAGAACAGACAAGUCUACUCGAGAAGAAGAGGAGAACCUCUCGGAUUGGAGGUGGAAUUUUGAGGAGAGACAAUUGAUGAAUUGGUUGAAUGAUGUUUGGAAUUGUAAUCAUAACAAGAAUGUAGAAGAACAAUUGCAUUCGGAGGAGGAUUAUGAUGAUGGUAGGAAUAACACUAUAGUUUCGUUAUCAUCAUCCACCAACAACAAGACUUCAAAAAAGAUCAUGAACAAGAGGAGCAUUGAAAAUCAACAAUUAAUAUCGGAAUGGAAUAGGCAAGUUGCAAAAUUUAAUAUCUUGCUUCCAAGCUCUGAAGCAGCUCUCCACGAACAACAACAUUGCCUGAAACUGCUCAAAAGGAUGUACUGCGAAGAAAAUAAUUUAAAACAUUAUACACAUAAUAUCAAUUUUCUCAGUGCAUGUUUCAAUAAUUUAUUUGUGCCUUUACGAUAUAUGCGACUGGAUAGCAAAUAUUGUUGUAAAGACUACUAUUCUGCUGAAACAUAUCCACACAUUAGAUAUUUUGAAUUUCCUAAAUUCCUAAAUUAUGGAAUCGAAUAUAACAGCGACUCGCUUCUCGAAUUAUUUGGAUCUGUGCAAUUGCUUGGUGGAAUAUUGGAUACAAUUUUUGAGGAGUGGGAUAAGUUAGAGACCUCAAAGAAAUCGUAUGGCCCCUAUAGCUGGGCUCCUCUCUCGAGAAAAAUUAAUUUACUCAUGACACAAGGAGAAUAUAAUGACAAUAUACCUGAACCUCCAUCUAUUCAACACUCUUCCAGUGUUGCCAUGAGAGAACCAGUAUGGAGAAUUAAUCGAUCCGAGAAUGGUGAGAUUUGUUGCGUACUUUCUGAUGACUUUCGACUAAUGGAAGUAGAAUAUUUUUGCUUGCUCAUAAACAAGUACCUUCCUUAUGAUCAGUUGCAUAUUCAACAAUUAUUGUUAACGAGAUCAGCUCACAGGAGGAAUUUAUAUGCUGAGUGGGAAAAUAGAAUAUCUAAUUUAUCACGAAAGAAAAACGAGAACGCAUGGCUUUCUUUCAUGUUCGCACUAUUUGAAUACUUGUUUCCUAAUUCUCCUCUUGAUGCCCUUUUGAAAAAUUUUUUACAGGUAUUGGACAGGCUGAGAGCAAAAUUAUUCCAGCAAAAUGAUGAAGAAGGUGUUUUAUCCAUUUCAGAAAUUACUCCCGAUCUGAUCUAUAGCAGGUUAUCUCGUGAGGAUAUUCAUACGGGCGCCACGGCUGUUGAAAAUCUUUGUAGAUUUUUGGAGAGACAACAUUUUCAUGGAGAGUCACUGACUAUAUCCAAUUGGAUUACUUGUGGACUUUUAAAGGAUAUACACCUGGCAGAACAUUGUAUAUUGUUAGGUUCUAAACAACUAGCAUUCAUUUGCGAGAGUAUUUGUGACAAGCUCUACAUUCGAAACGAAAAUAUUCCCUUUCGAUUUUCUCCAGCGUUUGUAUUGAUAUAUCUCGCUUCACAAUCAGUUUCAGACAGUAUUUGUGAUGAAAAGUUGAUUUUGAAUGUAAAAUCAGAAGAACAGCCAGUUCACCGACCCCAUAGGCUUCGAUUCUUUUCUGCUGUGUCAUUGGUGCUUGAAGAUCUAUUUGCACAUGUAAAUUGUGGCGAUGCGUUACUUUUUGGAGCACUGCUUGACCGCACUCUAGAACCUGUGAUCUACUGCGAGCAUUAUAAUGAUCAACAGUUACGAAACGAAGCAUAUCAACACUGGAAUAUGGCUUUAAAGGAUCAUUUCCAAACCAAGAAAUCAGUUGAACAAGAGGUGGCAAUCCAUUACAACUCUGAUUUUCGAAAGAUAAUCACUGAGAAUGUUUCGAGAGGAGAGGAUUUUCAUUUUCUUUGUGCUUUGGUGAUUUGCUUGCCGACAUGUCAACUCUUGCAUAAUAAUAGAAAGAACUUAACAAAGCCUACCCUUCAGAAAUCCUUGCCUUCUCUUUAUUCUCCAACAAUGAUCGACAAUUUUUUGAAUGUAAAGCAACCACAUCCUGUACUGCUCAACAGUCAUGGCAUUACAUCAGUGAAGGAGCAAUAUUUUCCUCUAUUAAUUGAGUCAAAAACAAAUGAAGCUUCGCUGAUAAGUAUGAAUGAUGAAGUUGUAAAGCGCGCCAUGCAAGAUAUUGAAUCAGCACCAAUGACUCUGGAAUCUUUGGUUGAAAUGUUGGUGGAGAGACUGAGCUCAGUUUCUUUUUCAAUUUCUGACAAGAUUGAAUUGAUGUUUUUUGUGCUGAGAUAUGGAUUUCAAGCACCUACAACUCCAUACGGGUUGUUAAUAAUUGAAAAGUGCACACUUCAUGUCCAAUCAUUACUGAAAAUGGUGCUGGAAAAAGUUCAAGCAAAGACCAACUCACACGUAUUUCCAACAUAUUGA